UUAAGAGUGGGAAGUUGUUGUCGUUCUUCGCUUGCUGUGGGCGAGGACGGAGGUGAGCGCGGCCGUUUCUCGAUUGCAGCUGGAUCGACCGAUGCUCGCUCGCCCGCCCCCCGCGCCAACGGGAGAAGCGCGGCCGCGGCUCUUGGCGGAUGGGUCUUUGUAGGUGGCGCAUGCAGGAAAGUUGGCCGGCGGACUGGUAGCGUUGUUGUGUAAUUGCUACGGCUGUGAUUUUAAAACCAGCAAUUUGGGCUCAGGAGUUCAAGGUGGCGUACGUGGUCCUCCCCUCCUCGUUUUGCCCUCACAACAAUCCUGUGAGGUAGGCUGGGCUGAGAGGCAGUGACCGGCCCAAGAAAAAAUAUAGGACGAGCCCUGCUAGUGCAGCAUCCUGCAUCCAGCGGUGGCUAAGGAGAGGCCCUCGGAAAGCCAAAAACAUGACGGGAGCAAAACAAACAAAACAAAAACAACUCAGUAUGGCCUACACUGACUGACAGCACCUCUCCAAGAUUUCAGACGUGGAGUCUCUCCCAGCCCUACCUGGAGAUUCUGAGAUUGAAACUGGGAUGUUCUGCAUACAAAUCACCUGCUCUGCCACUGACUUGUGGCCCAUCUAUCCUCUUAAAGACAUACCUCUAUCUCCUGUUGUGGUUCCUUGAGGAUGCCGGAGGCUCCAGAGCUGUUUAUCAACGGACGGUACAUCAACACAGAGUGCGGAGGGCUCAUUUUCUCAGGGAAGGUGGAGAAGUCAGAGGUGAGCAAGAAUCCAGAAGUGCCCUUUGAGAGCGAUGGGUACCUGAUCUCAGCCAAGUCACGGGGCAAAGAGUUGAAGCUCACCCUCACACCGCUCAAACAGGAGAACCCGUCUCCUUCCAAAAGGCGGGGCUGUGCAGCCCAGUGCCAAGAGGGAGCUCAGGAGCCGAUGGAUCUUGUCUUCCGUUUUGGGAUGUCUGGCAACUUCAGAUUUGUCCCCGUGGCCGAGAUGCCAAAGCAUGCGCACUUGCGCUUCUACACCACUGAAAGGCCUCCCCGAGUCCUCUGUUUCGUUGACUUCCGGCGCUUUGGGAAAUGGGAGGUGGACAGCACCUGGCAGCCGGACCGAGGGCCGUGUGUGAUGCUGGAGUAUGAGGAAUUCAGGGAGAACGUGCUGAGGAACCUCUCAGAUAAGGCCUUCAACAAGCCCAUCUGUGAGGCUCUGCUAAAUCAGAAGUUUUUCAAUGGCAUUGGCAAUUACCUCCGAGCUGAAAUCCUCUACAGAUUAAAAAUCCCUCCCUUUGAGAAGGCACGGACAGUUCUGGAGGACCUGCAGCAUCAGGAACAGUCGCAUGGCCUGAGCAGAAAGGUGAAGCUGAAACAGGAGAACCCUGACUUGUUGGAGCUCUGUCACAUGGUGCCCAUGGAGAUCAUUAAUCUGGGAGGUAAAGUUUAUGAUCCAAUUAGGACAGGAGAUUACAAAGUCCUUCAAGAGUGGUUUCAGUGCUAUUAUGUUCCAGGGAUGAAAUCCCUGCGUGAUGCCAACGGCAGAACCAUCUGGUUCCAGGGCAAUCCAGGACCGAUGGCCCGAAAAGGGGGAAAGUCAUGCAAGAAACGGUUGCAGGUAACAUCCGUUCCUGAUACGGUAAGCCCAAAGGUCCCAAAACUGGAGCCUAGGAGAAGGUCCAUGGCCAACACUCCUCAGAAAGAUGCUGUGGGAACAAGGAAGACUGGAAGGAAGAAAGGGAACAAGAUUGUCCAAGGAACAGAGGACCACAAUGUGGUUAACGGAGGCAGGACACCAAACACUAGGGCUCGGAGAAAGGUCUCUACCUCAAAGCAGUCUCCGGUGGCAGAUUCUCUGGCUGAAUCCCAGAAGAAGCGAGCAUCUACCCAGAAAAACAGGGGUAAGGCGGCUGCUUCUACCACCCCAAGAUCCAGACGCAUGAAGGCUCAAUAAUCUUCCUGAUGGGGAACAGCCUCCUCUCAUGUUGCGUAAUCUGGCCCCAUCUUCUGCUGAGACAGAUAUAGCUGCCUUAUGUAGGUUUCUGGAUCCUCACCUCGCAACAAGCGGCAUUAUGGCAAUGGUCUGCUGCUGCUUUGUCACUUGCAGUUUUUUAUGGAAUGUAGAGCAGAGCUACUUCAGCACAUUUUAUACUGAGAUUUUCUGAAGAUGCUGCUGUAGAUUCAGGCCAUGGUCUUGGCCCAGUUCAAAAUAGUGGGUUGCACUGUGUGUGCAAGAGGGCCAAGAGAUCUUUCUGCUAUGGGUCUUGAGACUUGUGUCAAAAGAUAGUUAUUCUGAUUUCCAAAACAGAGAGAAAACAUAACUCAGCCUUCCCUACCCUGGUGUCCUCCAGCUUUUGCUGGACGACAACUCCUAACAUCCUGGCUCGUUGGCCAUGCUGGCUGGGGCUCAUGGGAGUUAGGAGUCCAGCAACAACAGCUGGAGGGCACCAGGUUAGGGAAGGCUGGCAUUAACUCAUAGAUUUGUAGAAUUGCACUGUUGUGUAAUACAGAAGAACAAAGCAUAAACUGGUGGCAUUACACCCAGCCCACUACUCUCUGCCUCUUCUCACUGAUUUUAUAUGAAAUUGGAUAUGGACUUGUUUUUCCCCAAAGAAAUGCAAUAGCAGCUGAAGAGAGCAAGGGCCACUUAAAUGCAUCCUUGUAUUUAAGGUGCAGGUUGUUUAAUGCAAUUAGCAGGGGGUUGCAUCAGGCACAAAGGGGAAAUUUAAGCAUUUCCAGUGUACCCCAGAGCAUUUACCCUUAUUUGCAAUAGAAAUGACAUCAACUCUGCACCUUAAAUGCAAAGAUACAUUUAACAUCCUGUCUAGGUUGGCCUUCAGAUCAGUAAGGUCAGAUCACAAGAACAGGUCUCAGCUGCUGAAAUGGUUGCAGCAUUUCCUGCUGUACCUUAUUUCUGAAAGGAAUCUGCUCCAGUGCUGAAGUACAUGGAACAUUCAGACCAAAGCUUCAACUGACUUGAUCCAAGAGACAACUAGAGCUGUUUCCAUUCAGAAAUGAGAUUUGAUCUCUUACAUGUACAGCAUUACGUUUUAAGGGUUACUCAAUCAAAUGCUUUGUGUUCUUAGUGAUACUUUUAUAUAUAUUCUUAAAGUGCCUUUUAGAAUUUGCUUUUUGAUGCUAAUAAAAGCUUCUUUUCCCCCAGAAAUGAUCCUGCAGUGUAGGGUGUUGUGCUAUAACAGGAAAAUUGUCAAGAAAAACUCAGUACUGGUACCUCCGGAUUCUACUCAUUAAUUUUAUUCCAUUUCUUUUAAACAUCAGAUCCUCAAAGCAGUGUAGAUUUUGAAAAUACACUAUUGACUACUAUUCUCCUCCCUCCCCAUUCCCAUGAGUACAGAAUAUGGUCUUGUGGUAGUUCAUUCUUUUCCUACCAUUUUGCAGUCAAUUAAAGAAACCCCACAGCAUUAUCCUUGCAACUAUAAAGUGUUAUUCCCAAGCAUGGUUUGCAUAUCCCCAAAGGGUCAAUGCCCCUGAUGUUAGCCCUUUUGUUAGCCACCCAAAGGCUGCUGUUCCCCCAGAGCUCUUAUAAUGUCGCCAAAGCAAGAGCAGCUAGAUGCUAGUGUGAUUCAGGUGUGUUGCAGUGGUGAGGUCCAGAAUGGCAGUUGCCUUGACAAUGAGAUCUCCCUGUUCCUUCCCCUCUCAGGGCUAGAGAUCUUUUUACUGUCUCGGGAGCCAAGCACUGUUUGGCUUCAGGUGUGAUUUGCAACUGUUUCUUGUCCCUUUGGCUACUAUAAGGCAAUGGGCUACUGGACCAGAUGGACCUUCAGCCUUCCCACAGUGAGAUGAGUAAGCUCUAUUCACAGCAAGAGUACCUGCAUCUUGCUCCCUGGCAGAGGAACAAGGUCCCCUUUCGCUUGUUACAAAUGGCUGAAUAAAACAGAAGUGCUUGGGCAACUGGUGCAUCUCCUCCCCCCCGCUUCAUAUAAUGUGCAAACUAUUCCAGAAAUGUACUUAUUAUGCAGGCAAUUUUGGUCCAUGAUAUCUCACCCCCCCCCCCCCCCCCAGGAACAGGUUGGAAUUGCUACCUCUUUACAUUCAAGCAUGAGGACAAGAAAUAGUUGACAUUUACAUCCACUGAGUCCAAGAUGUAGGUUUGUUUGGAGCCUGUCAAUCCAUGUUCUAUGCAGGCUACAACAUAGUUUCACACUACCAGCUUUAAAAGGGGGGGGAGAUGCUUGCUUUUUCCAGUGGGGGACUUCACCCUGUCGCAUUUACAUGUAAGUUGCUCAAUAAACAUUCUGGAAUCUUGACAUACAUAUAUGGAGGAUAAGGCUAUCAGUGGCUACUAGGCAUGAUGACUAUGUUCUGUCAGAAGCAGUAUGCCAAUGAAUACCUGUUGCGCUCAGGUCCUGUUUACAGUCUUCCUAGUUGGCCCCUCUGUGAACAGGAUGCUGGACUGGAUGAGCCGGCAGCAGUCUUGUAAUGUUCUUACGACCACCACAUGUUGGCAGUCAGUUCAUACCUCCAUACUCCUCACUUGGCACUACAAGAAUUCGAGUGGCUCCUUUACAGAUGAGAACAAGCCUUUGCAGACAGAACUUUCCUAUCAAUACCAGGAAAUACAUAAUCUUGCAACCUAUUUCUAAUUCAGGGAAUUUUUAUGACAAUAUUUGGAUGACAUUUUCCUUCUCAUAUAAAGUAAAGGUGUCCCCGCACUUGUAGUGUGAGUCGUUUCCAACUCUUAGGGUGACGUCUUGCAAUGUUUACUAGGCAGACCGUAUAUAUGGGGUGGGUUUGCCAGUUCCUUCCCCUGCCUUUCUUUACCCCCCCAGCGUGUUCCGAGUACUCAUUUUACCGACCACAGAUGGAUGGAAGGCUGAGUGGACCUCAACCCCUUUUACCAGAGAUUCGACUUCCUCCUUCCGUUGGAAUCUAACUCCGGCCGUGAGCAGAGCUUCGGCUGCGUUACUGCCGCUUACCACUCUGCGCCACGGAGGGAUAUAUAGGGAUCCUAAGUUCUUUAGCUUAAUCUCUUAGUAUGCUAAGCAAAUGCACCUACUGUUUUAUAUAUGCCUAAAAUGGCACUCAUAAAUUGCACUGUGAUUGACAUGCUUUAUCCUUUUUUAUUUUACAAUAAAUGAAAGUCUUUGGAA